AUGGACCGACUGCAACGUCUCUUUGGCAACCUUCCUGGACUUCCGGGCCAAGGCGGACCUGGUGCUGAUGGACCUUUGGUCGACACAGCUGAGAAGGUGCACAUUUCGUCGCUAGCGCUGCUUAAGAUGCUGAAGCACGGCCGUGCCGGUGUCCCAAUGGAGGUGAUGGGUCUCAUGCUGGGCGAGUUCGUGGACGACUUCACGGUCAACUGCAUCGACGUGUUCGCCAUGCCGCAGAGCGGAACGGGCGUGAGUGUGGAGGCCGUGGACCCAGUUUUUCAGAUGAAGAUGCUGGAGAUGCUUAAGCAGACAGGAAGAGCCGAGAUGGUCGUGGGAUGGUACCACUCGCACCCGGGCUUUGGUUGCUGGCUGUCGGGCGUGGAUAUCAACACGCAGCAGAGUUUCGAGGCGCUGAACCCACGCGCUGUAGCUGUGGUAGUGGACCCUAUUCAGAGUGUCAAGGGCAAAGUCGUAAUCGACGCCUUCCGCCUCAUCAACCCACAGCUUAUGAUGAUGGGACAGGAGCCGCGACAAACCACGUCAAACAUCGGCCACCUGAACAAACCGUCGAUCCAGGCGCUGAUCCACGGUCUCAACCGUCACUACUACUCGAUCGCAAUUGACUACCGCAAGAAUGAGCUCGAGGAGCAAAUGCUCAUGAAUUUACACAAGAAAACGUGGAGUGACGGACUCGUACUGACCAAGUUUGAGGACCACUCCAAGGAUAACGAGCAGACCGUAAAGAGUAUGCUGGCGCUUACGGACCAGUACAAUAAGCGAGUUCAGGAGGAGGAAGAGAAGACUCCCGAGGAGCUCGAGGUGCUGAAUGUCGGCAAACUGGACCCGAAGAAGCACCUGGAGAACGACGUGUACGACCUCAUGGCCCUCAACACAGUCCAGUGCCUCGGUGCAAUGCUUGACACUAUUGUGUUUUAG